AUGGAAGACACAGUAUUAGUAGAACCUCCCAGUUGUGGAACAGACGAAGUAGAGUUACUAGUAUUUGUAAUGUCCGCCCCUGGUCAUGAAGCAGCUCGACAAACUAUCCGGAAUACCUGGGGGGGUAAACUACACAAAUCAUCAAAUGUUCGAGUUCUCUACAUUCUCGGCAGAGAGGCAGCUGUUUCUGGAGAUAUUCUAGUGGAGGAUUUCCAGGAUACAUAUCUUAAUCUUACUCUUAAAUCUACAUUCAUGCUCAAGUGGAUUACUAGGCACUGCAGUCAAACAAAGUUCGUUUUUAAGAUUGAUGACGAUGUUUUUGUGAAUGCAGAAAAGCUUUGGGAAACUUUAGAAUCUACGCAGCUCUACUUUAAGAGUAUUCCAAUAAAGGGGUUGGAUGGAGAGUUUAAGAGUAAAGGGACAGAUUAUGCAUUAAUAGGUCACGUGAUGAACACUGUUCCAAUCAGGGAUCCCACGAGUAAGUGGUAUCUCCCGCCUAAAUUCUACCCUCUCAACAUAUUUCCAACAUUUCUAAGUGGAACUGGGUACAUCUUUUCAGGUUCAUUGGCUACUCCACUGUACCUAUGUGCACUGAAGACCCCAUUUAUAAACCUAGAAGAUGUAUUUAUCACUGGUCUGUGUGCCACCACACAACUAGGUCUAAGGCUGACCCAUAAUCCAGGAUUUCAGUGGAGACCCAUGACAGUCGGAGGAACCCACACAUGUAACUACAAACAGUCAGUUUUGGUUCAUGGAAGCUUUCAGCCGGACACCAUUCAGGAUAUUUUUAGUAAAGCUCAGGAUGAUCUUCUGUGUGACACGAUACUAUUCCAUCUUCUCUCGAGCUUAUCUACCCUUACAGACUUCUUCAGAAACAUAUUCAGAAUAUAGGUGCGCAGAUAGAGAUGCGCAGAACAGUUU